AUUUUGUCAGCAGCCACCGAGCAUGGGUCCCUCUGGUAAUAGAAUAGCCAAUGUAAUUUGACACUUCAACUUACUGCGCUCUCUCCGAGUCUAUUCAGUUACUCACCCACUGACGUUGAGCCCGUUCUCAGUGGCCAAGAAAAAAGGGGGGGGGACGAUAUUUAAAAAACAAGAAGCCGAGAAUUAACCGAGGACUUUUCUGCGGCUGAACAACCCGGGACAGAAACAAGAGGCGCUGAAGUGUUUCCCCUCCUGGUGUGUGAAUGGGUGGGGGGGUUCUUGGUGGUGAAGAAUCCAGAGUUGAAGUCAACACAGAGCGCUGCAGUUUAAUGGCUGGCAGGUAGAGGCCGAAGAGGGACAAUCAACAUGAACUCGAUUCCGUCGAUGGACAGACACAUACAGCAGACCAAUGACCGUCUGCUGUGUAUCAAACAGCACUUACAAAAUCCAGCAAAUUUCCAAACGGCAGCGACUGAGUUGCUGGACUGGUGUGGCGACCCCCGAGCCUUCCAGCGCCCCUUCGAGCAAAGCCUGAUGGGAUGUCUAACGGUGGUCAGCCGUGUAGCAGCGCAGCAGGGCUAUGACUUGGACCUGGGCUACCGGCUCCUGGCUGUGUGCGCUGCCAACAGGGACAAGUUCACUCCAAAAUCAGCAGCUCUUCUGUCCUCGUGGUGCGAGGAGCUGGGACGCCUACUCCUCCUCCGUCACCAGAAGAACAGGCAAAACGAGCCUCCGGGAAAAGUGCCCAUGCAGCCCCCAAUGAGCUCCAUGAAGCCCGGCCUCUCGCACGGAGAUGGAUCUUUUCCCUACGACUCUGUUCCCUGGCAACAGAACACCAAUCAGCCUCCAGGUUCUUUGUCCGUGGUGACGACGGUCUGGGGUGUCACCAACACGUCACAGAGCCAGGUGUUGGCGAAUCACAUGGCCAACAACAACAAUCCAAUGAAUCCAGGGGGCAACCCGAUGGGCUCGGGUAUGUCGGGCAACAAUCCCGGGAUGAACUCUCCUCAGUUCCCCGGUCCUCAGCAGCAGUUUCCAAACAAAGGCAACGGAAACCAGGGCUACAUGCAGCAAGGCAUGUACGGACGACCCAACUACCCCGGAGGAGGAGGCUUUGGUGGCAAUUACCCCGGAACCAACACUGGCCCUGGAGGAAUGGGCAUCCCCCCUCACUCGCGUCAAACAUCGGACUUCAGCCAGCCUGCUGCUGCUGCCGCUGCCGCCGCAGUCGCUGCUGCUGCAGCCACAGCGACUGCCACUGCCACAGCCACCGUAGCCGCCCUGCAGGAAACCCAAAACAAGGACAUGAACCAAUACGGACCGUUGAGUUCCUCUUUUCAGAUGGGACCAAACCAGGCGUACAACAGCCAGUUCAUGAACCAGCCAGGACCCCGUGGCCCUCCGUCCCUCCCCGGGAACAUGGGCGCAGGCAUGAAUCCGUCAAACAUAAGCGGGCCUCCGAUGGGAAUGAACCAGCCCAGGGGCCAAGGUAUGGGACCUUUCGGAGCCCAUGGCCAAAGAAUGCCCCAGCAAGGCUAUGCAGGACCCCGUCCUCAAGGCAUGGGUAUGCAGGGCAUGAAAAGACCAUACCCAGGGGAGCCAAACUAUGGUGGGCAGCAGUAUGGACCAAACAACCAAUUCCCUAACCAGCAGGGGCAGUACCCAACGCCCAACGCCUCCAGGCCGCUGCCAUCCCCCAACUACCCCGGCCAGAGGAUGCCUGGACAGCAGCUGCCGGGACAAUACCCACCACCCAGCGGUGCCAUGGGACAGUUCUAUAAGCAAGAGCCCCCCUUUAACGGCCAAACAAAUAACUUCUCUGGUAGUGGAUAUCAGUACAGCCAGGGGAACAUGAAUGGGCCACCCAGACCUGUGGGAAACUACCCUCACUCCCCAGUGCCAGGCAACCCCACCCCUCCAAUGACCCCAGGAAGUAACAUCCCUCCGUACCUGUCACCAAACCAGGACGUGAAGCCCCCCUUCCCCCCCGACAUCAAACCAAAUAUCACCGCUCUCCCUCCUCCUCCAGCUAACCACAACGAGGAGCUGCGUCUGACGUUCCCUGUGCGGGACGGAGUUGUCCUAGAGCCCUUCAGGCUAGAGCAUAACCUGGCUGUCAGCAACCACGUGUUCCACUUACGGCCCUCUGUGCACCAGACGCUCAUGUGGAGAUCAGACCUGGAGCUGCAGUUCAAGUGUUACCACCAUGAAGACCGACAGAUGAACACCAACUGGCCUGCGUCGGUACAAGUCAGCGUGAACGCCACACCGCUCACCAUCGAGCGGGGCGACAAUAAGACCUCCCACAAACCCCUGCACUUGAAACAUGUCUGCCAGCCAGGGAGGAACACGAUCCAGAUCACUGUCACUGCCUGCUGCUGUUCCCACUUGUUUGUGCUGCAGCUGGUCCACAGGCCCUCAGUCCGCUCAGUGCUCCAGGGCUUACUGAAAAAGCGUCUUCUACCUGCAGAGCACUGCAUAACCAAAGUUAAGAGGAACUUCAGCAGCGUAGCAGCAUCAUCGGGCAACACGACGCUCAGCGGAGAGGACGGCGUGGAGCAGACGGCCAUCAAGGUUUCCCUCAAAUGUCCGAUCACCUUCAGGCGAAUACAACUUCCAGCAAGAGGUCAUGACUGCAAACACGUUCAGUGUUUUGAUUUGGAAUCAUAUUUACAAUUGAACUGUGAGCGGGGAACAUGGCGAUGUCCUGUAUGCAAUAAAACAGCGUUGUUAGAGGGACUGGAAGUGGACCAGUACAUGUGGGGAAUCUUAAAUGCAAUUCAAAACUCGGAGUUUGAGGAGGUGACCAUCGACCCGACGUGUAGUUGGCGACCGGUGGCUAUCAAAUCUGAAAUCCAUAUAAAGGAGGAUCCAGAUGGACCGCUCGCCAAGAGGUUUAAAACGAUGAGUCCCAGCCAAAUGAUCAUGCCCAAUGUGAUGGAGAUGAUAGCUCAGCUCGGCCCCGGACCCUCGCCGUACCCGUUACUACAAUCUCAGCAAGGGGGCAACAACAACGAAUAUGGCAGCGGAGGCAACAGUUACCAGGGGCACGGGAACUUCGAUUUCCCUCAUGGGACUCCUGGUGGUACGUCGAUGAAUGAUUUUAUGCACGGCCCCCAGCUGUCUCACCCACCUGACAUGCCCAACAGCCUGAUGACCCAAGAUAAGCCCCUCUCCCACAACAUGCCUGACUCAAUACCUCACUCUGCCGGCAAUGACCAGUCACACGGUCCAUUGCAGCAGAGCUUACACGCUUCUCCACACCCUGGGAGCCAAUCAGGGCAGCAGCUACACCACAGCGGGCCUCCUCAGCCGCAACGACAAGCUCCACCUCCUCAGCAACAACAGCAGCAGCAGCAGCAGCAACAACAACAUCAACAACAACAGCAGCAGCAGCAGCAGCAGCAGCAGCAACAGCAUCCUGGUCCUAACAACCAUCCCCACAGCGACCUCGCCUUCAACCCUUCGAGCAGUUUGGACAGCCAAGCGGGGUCGGACAUGCCGGAGCCAUCUCUAGACCUUCUUCCAGAGCUUGCGAACCCAGACGAGCUGCUGUCGUACCUAGACCCACCGGACCUCCCCAGCAAUAGCAACGACGACCUUUUAUCACUUUUCGAAAACAACUGAGGCAAUUCAGACACAUGAACUUCUCUGACUGCCUGCAGUUUCAGUACUUGACAAACACAAAGAUGCACUCCCUUUCUCUUCUUCCUCGUGUACAGUUUUCAUCGGCCAGCGCAGAUUGACUGAAAGAGGUUUAAAACUCAAAGACACGACAGGAUCCUUCAUGGUGAUACUUGUGCUCUGUGCAGCUAUACUCAGUUGUUUGUUUGUUUGUUUUUUUACACACAGGUGUUUGUGUGCACAUAAGUUACAUGUUGUAGCAUUUUUUAUUC